AUGUGGCGCACUUGUUUUAACCCUUCUCUCUCACAUGUGAGAUCCCAGAGUUCUGUCUGCUUUGUUCUCACAAGGAAAACUGGAAUGCACACAAAUCACAUGAAGGACACAAACAACAACAUUAACAACUCUCUCCUCUGCGCCCAAAAGGAGAAGCUUAUUCAGGCCAUUAAAAAGAUCAAACAUGAAAUUGACGAUUGUUAUGAGGCUGAGAGAGAUGCCUUUGUGGACGCACUGGAGGUCGAGAACCGAUUUGAAGAGAUAGAGCGUGAAAUCCAAGCAGAGUUUCAAAACCUCCAUCGUUUCCUCUAUGAGGAGGAAGAGACGGAUCUGGAACGGCUGAGGAAGGAAAGGGACAGACGAGUGAAGAUCUUAAAAGAGAGAGAGAAAAAGAUUGCCAUGCAGAGUAGAGAUCUGGAGAAAGCCAUCGAGACACUGAACUGCAAACUGCGGGAGGAUGACAGCCCCAAACUUUUGAAGGAAAUCAAAGAGCUUCUGAAAAGAUGUGAAGUGAAUUUCAUUCGUCCUCCCCCAGUAGACUGCGAAAUUCUCUCUGGUCAGUUUGUGGGGCCCAUUCAGUACCGGAUCUGGAAACACAUGAAAGCAUCCCUCUAUCCAAAUAUAUCCACGAUAACUUUUGACCCUGAAACGGCACAUCCCCUUUUAACCUUAUCUGCUGAGAGAACUUCAGUGAUUUUUGAGGAAGACAAGGUGCUGCCCGAUGAGAACCCAGAUGAAAAGAACCCAAAGUGCUUCCACUUCUAUUAUUGCCUGAUGGGAUCAGAGGCCUUUACCCAUGGCCGUCAUUACUGGGAGGUGGAGGUGAAAGGCAAGACCGCCUGGCGUGUGGGUGUGGCCAGAGCGGACAUACCCCGUGGAGAGAUGGACUCUUCCUCCACAUUAAACGGACUGUGGACGCUUUCCCUUAGACAUGGCUCGAUCACGGCCUGCACCCACCCAAAGCCCACAAAGGUGGUCUCGCACACUCCCCCCAUCCGCAUCGGCAUCUUCCUGGACUGUGAUAAAGAGGAGGUUUCUUUCUACAAUGCUGUCACUAUGAAUCCACUCUUCUCCUUCGACAUGGGGAGUGUCCUAGAGCCGCUCUAUCCAUUCUUUAACCCAUGUGACACAGAUCAAGGAAAGAACUGCGCUCCUCUUUCCAUAUUUCAUCCAUCUCUCUAAGGGAUAUUAUCACUUACCGCUGACACAGUUUGAAGUGCUGAAUUCUGAUCACUUCGAAGCUUGUAUGCCUGUAAAACUAGAGACCGGUUUUGCUGUGUAGUUGUGUUUGGAUGAACUGUUUAAAGGGUAGUUCACCCAAAAAUUAAAAUUCUUUCAUUAAUUACUCACCUUCAUGUCAUUUCAAACCAGUAAGACUUUCAUUCAUCUUUGGAACACAAAUUAGAAUAUGUUUGAUGAAAUCCGAGAGCUUUCUGACCCUGCAUAGACAGCGAUGCAACUGACACAUUCAAGGCCCAGAAAGGUAGUAAAGACAUUGUUAAAAUAGUCCAUGUGACAUCAGUGGAUCAGCUGUAAUUUUAUGAAGCGUCGUGGUACUCUUAUUUUUGUUUUCUUCUUGUACCUUCGUAAAAUUAAGGUUGAACCACUGAUGGACUAUUUUUACGAUGUCCUUACUAUCUUUUGGGCCUUGAAUGUGUCAGUUGUGUUGCUGACGGUCUAGGCAGGUGCAGAAAGCUCUUGGAUUUCGUCAAAAAUAUCGUCAUUUGUGGUUGAAAGAUAAAUGAAGGUCGUAUGGGUUUGGAAUGAAACCAGGGUUAAUAAUUUAUGACAGAAUUUUCUUUUUUGGGUGAACUAUUCCUUUAAGCAAUUCAUCAAAAUAACCAUAAACAUUCUGUCAAUAUUUACAAUAUUUUAUGUUCCAAAACUGUAUGCCAUUAUGGUUUGAUGUUGCUUAUGAGGCUCUAAAAAACCAGUGAGCUUUGAUUUUAUUGAUGUCUGGCAUGCACCAUACGCACCAUAUCUGAUUUGACAGCUUCAGAGAAGGUGAAGAUGAAUAAAUAGUGCAUGACUCAUAUGGACAUUUAUAGUGCUUUUUUGUCCUUUUUGGAGCUUGACAGGCUGUUGGCAAUUGGUGUGUAAAAAAA